AAGGAAUUCCCACCAGUGUAGUCUGUAUCAAAUCAGAUCGAUCUAUAACCUCAGUGCUGGUCAGCCUGUAAUCUAGCCCUUCGCUGUCGACUCCUGGCCUGGUGCCAACAUGUCGACCUCCAUGGGAGAUCAUCUUGCUCCUGAUCAUCUGGAAGAGAAGAGCAAGCACAGAUCGGACGAUGGAACUCCUGACUCGGACGAAGGCACUUACGUCUAUGACAGUGCCAGUAACGGAAACCACCUGAGAGUGGACACUUCUUACAAUGACUUGGAUAGGACCGCCCUGGCCUCUCCGGUCACUGCGAGAGAAGAAUCCACGCGUCUCGAAGACGACCUGGCAGUUAUGGAAGCAGAACGGAUGGUUUCGCGCUCCACGCAGGAAGCAGAGUCGAAAAAGAGUGUUCACGACGGCCGUCCAUCCACCUCUCGCUCUCGUUCACGUUCUCGCUCGCGCCCUAACGAACAUGUCGACGAGUUUGACGAGGCCACCAAUCCGCUGCAUGAGAAAGCUGCAGUUUACAAUCCACCCGAGAAUCCCAAUACCAACAUUGCCAGAUUCGUCAAGAAACUCCAUGAAUCGAGUUUCAUCAUCCGUUACCUUACCUACAUCCUGCCUCUUGUGAUCAUUCUACUCAUUCCGUUGUUGGUUGGCGCGCUGGCCUAUCCAGAUGCCAGUGUCGGAGGUGUCCGGCUGGUUUGGUUUUCAGUCUGGCUGGAAAUCGUCUGGUUGACCUUGUGGGCUGGAAGAAUCGUCUCCAAGUUGAUCCCUAUACCUGUGAACGCGCUCGCUAGUAUCUUCACCAACAAUGCGAAGAAAUGGCGUGAUCUUGCCAAGCAAUUGGAGCUGCAUGCCACUCUUUUCUUCUGGUGGUUGGGUGUCGAAAUUUCUUUCCUGCCCACAAUGAAGAACCAUCACGUGGACGGAAACCAUACUACGCGCUCCUGGGAAAAUACGCUCAACAAGAUUAUCAUUUCCGUCUUCGUCUGGACGAUUCUCAACCUGGUGGAGAAAUUCAUCAUUCAGCUUAUUGCCAUCAGCUUCCACACGCGUACUUAUGCCGACCGAAUUGAGAUCAACAAGUUCCAAAUUGGCAGCUUGACCAAAUUAUACGAAUUCUCGCGGAGGAAAAUCACGGCCAAGGACAAGGAAUUUGAGGAGCAAAAACAGCCCGGUUCUAAUAACGGCCUCAAGAUCCCAUUCCAUUACGCUGGUAAAGCGGGACGUCUUGCUAAGGGUGCCUUUACCAAGGUCGGCGAUGUGGCCGGCGCAGUUGCAGCGGACUUCACUGGUCGCACAGCCACCAACAGCAACCACCCUUACCAGGUUGUGCUGGCUUUGCUGCGAACCACCAGCGGUUGCCAGGUUUUGGCUCGGCGACUCUACCGGACCCUCGUGCGGGAUGGCUUUGAGACCGUUUUCUCCGGCGAUCUGAAGGAGGCGUUUGAUAACAAUGACGAAGCCGAAGCUGCCUUUACCAUGUUCGACAAAGACAUGAACGGAGAUAUCUCCAUGGAAGAAUUGGAGUCGGUGUGCGUGGAGAUUGGACGCGAACGCAAAGCAAUCACUGCGUCCUUGAAGGAUCUUGACUCUGUUGUUGGAAGACUCGACAACAUCCUGGAAUUUUUCGUGGUUAUCAUUACCCUGAUCGUGUUCUUGACCCUGAUUUCCACCUCCGCUGCUGGUGUACUCACGUCUGCAGGCUCCAGUAUUCUUGCGUUGUCUUGGCUGUUCUCUGCCACUGCACAGGAGUUCCUUCAGUCGGUCAUUUUCGUCUUCAUCAAGCACCCGUUUGAUGUUGGUGACCGUGUCACAGUAUAUGGUAACUCUGGUGAUGCGGGUCUGGGUGAUGACUACUUCGUCAAGCAGAUCUCUCUCUUGUAUACCGAGUUCAAGAAGAUGCAGGGUCACGUUGUGCAAGCCCCGAACAGCUAUUUGAACGGUCUCUUCAUCCUCAACCAACGCAGAUCAGGCGCCCUGGCCGAGGCUGUGCCUAUUGUCAUCAAGUAUGGCACGACACUCGAGCAAAUCGAUGGCCUUCGCCAACGCCUGUUGGAAUUUGUCCGCAGCGAACGCCGGGAAUUCCAGACCAAUAUCCUUACUGAAAUGCGUGAGGUGACCGAAAACUUCUCCGUCACCCUCAAUGUUGUGUUCUUCUACAAGUCAAACUGGCAAAAUGAGGGCCUGCGUUUGCAACGUCGCAAUAAGUUUAUUUGCAUGCUCAUGCUUGCCUUGCAAGAGAUUGGCAUCGAAGGCCCACGCAUGAACCUCCAGGGUGCCCGUGUCGACAUUCCUUUCCAUGUCGCUGGGUUCCCUUCGCAUAACAUGGGUGCUCCUCCCGGCAGCAGUGAUGGCCGGCCUCCUCCCACCCCUGUCUACCAGCAUGACUCGAUCCCCGAGAAUACUGGCUCUAGCAGCUCUGUCCGCCAGCAUUCUAUUCUUCGAAGGGGCGCGGACGCCGCCGCUGCCCGGGCCCGUGGUGACUCGAUGCUCACGCGGAAGCAUGUUGACUUCUCUCUGGGCAUGCGCGACGUUUCUUCCGGCGACGUCAUGGGCGAUGUCUUCGAAGACCGCGGCACUCGUGUGGAUGACGUUGUUCGGAUGGCCAACCGUGAAACCGCAGAGCGUCGCAUCCAGGAAGAAGAGGAAGAGCAAGCCGAGCGGCAGAGCCGUGCAUCUGGCUCUCACCGUCGAAGCCACUCCAACACCAGCGCCGCCCCGUCUGCAGCGCGCUCCGGUCGCCAGUCAAUGGAAUCCCACGGUGGUCACAGCUUGUCCUCCGUCAGUCGCGGCCGAUUCUUCCGUCAUCGCAACAGCAUCAGCAGCCGCGGCCCAGCCGAUCUGGAACAAGGGCAAACCCACGGCCAGCAAUCGCCUCAGAUCCGUGCCGUAUCGCCCGCUAUGGACGAGAAAUGAUUUCAUUUCAACUAGUGCGGUGUUCAUUCUGGAAAUGACUGCCCUUGCGCACUUGUUUAUCGUCCCUUUACAUACUGUUGAGUGAUUUGGUUUGAUCAUAUCAGCAUAGCUA